AAUCCUUUGAUGGUUGUUUUGAAAGCCUGAGUUAAAAGAACGCUUGCAGGCGCCCUUACUUCCGCGUUGCUUCACGCUCUCAUUACGCCUGCGCCAUCUCCUAGGAGCGGAGGCGGGGCCGACGAGCGAGUAUUAGAAGCUCUCCAGUCCUUAGCGCGUUUUAGAACACGGGGCUCUAAACUUAUUGGACGGCGGUCUUGCUUUACAGCUCCAGGCCGCUUUUUACGGCAUUUUCCGGCUUUCCAUUCACUUCGCUGUGAAGAUGGCGUCGGGCAGCGGGACAAAAAACUUGGACUUUCGCCGAAAGUGGGACAAAGAUGAAUACGAGAAGCUCGCCGAGAAGAGGCUCACGGAAGAGAGAGAGAAGAAGGAUGGAAAACCAGUGCAGCCAGUCAAACGGGAACUUCUGCGGCAUAGGGACUACAAAGUGGACUUGGAAUCUAAGCUUGGGAAGACAAUUGUCAUUACCAAGACCACCCCACAGUCUGAGAUGGGAGGAUAUUACUGCAAUGUCUGUGACUGUGUGGUGAAAGACUCUAUCAACUUCCUGGAUCACAUUAAUGGAAAGAAACAUCAGCGAAACCUGGGUAUGUCUAUGCGUGUGGAACGUUCCACCCUGGAUCAGGUGAAGAAACGUUUUGAAGUCAACAAGAAAAAGAUGGAAGAGAAGCAGAAAGAUUAUGAUUUUGAGGAAAGGAUGAAGGAGCUCAGAGAAGAGGAGGAAAAGGCUAAAGCAUAUAAGAAAGAGAAACAGAAGGAGAAGAAGAGGAGGGCUGAGGAAGACUUGACAUUUGAAGAAGAUGAUGAGAUGGCAGCUGUGAUGGGCUUCUCUGGCUUUGGUUCCACCAAGAAGAGUUACUGAGGCUUUCUAUGCUUGGCCUAACUUUGGCCUAUGCUGGACCUAACUUUGUGUGUGUGUUAGGGGGAUCAUUUCUUUUUGGGUACUGGGGAAAGUCCUUAAGAGUGUCUGUGGGCAGGGCUAAAGGGUGGGUGUUUGUGGCUUCCCUCUACUGUGAGAGAGGACACAGGAUGCAAAGGUAAUGCUGUGGCAUAUUCCUUUAGCUUCCAGUAUAUCACCGGAGUCACAAGACCUCUGCCCAUCUGAGUUCCCAAUAAAGAAAGGCCUCCCCUUCUGAGACUGCUUUCCCAAAACUCCCUCUGCAUCUUUCCCUCUUCAUCUAUCUAACCUCUUGUCUGAGCAUCCUACCUUUAUCCUGUGUUCUGCCUUUAUUUUUGACUUGUUCAGCCUGCAACAGAAGGAUUCUCUGGGUCCCCAUUUUCCAGCUGAUGCCAUAUUUUUGACCAGCCCUGCCUCCCAUCCUGCCCUAUGGUUCUCUAGCCUCCUCCUGUGCAUGCAUGUGUAUUUCUGCCUGGGUCAAUGGUAUGUGUGGAUUGUGUGCAUGAAUCUGUCACAAAGAGGGGAGCCUGAGCUAGACUCUCAGAGCAUUGCUGCCCUGGGGCCUGAUGUUCUUGGUUUCCUUAGCGCAUGUAACAGGAAAUUAAAUGGGAUGAGUGUUUGGUGUGGUUUCUGUCUGCUGAGUUUUUUAACAUUGUUCUUCAGAUGUGGACUGUUUUACCUUCUCCAGUUUGUUUCAUUUUACUGAAGAUUUCUUUUGUUUUUGUCUUCCUUGUGAGCAGGCUCUUGGAAGAACCUGUUUGAUGCAAAAAAAGAAAAUGGAAAAAAAAAAAAGCAACAAAAAACAACCAAAAACCAAAAAAUACAACCAAGCAUACAAACUCACUGUGGGAGCCCUUGGGUCUCAGAGGUUAUUCAACAUGUAUAAUAAAUGGCAUUGACUGGGCCUGUUUCACA